UGGCAAACAAUGGCCAAGACCGUGCAUGAAUUCGACGAAGACAAAGUUCAGGACUGUAAAGAAGAUAUCUACACGCUUCUAGUAUUCACCGGUCUGUACUCGGCUGUCCUAUCAGCAUUCGUCCUCGAGUCCUAUACCGAUCUUCAGCCCGACCCAAGCACGCAGAUGACCUUCUUACUCGAGCGCAUCGCCAAUCAGACCCAGAGCUACACCAUCACAUCCGGGACCCUCAACUCCACCGCCCAACUGGCACCUGCCCCUCCCCAGUUCACCGCUCCGCUAUGGGCCGUCCGCGUCAACGGUCUGUGGUUCGCGAGUCUUAUCGUCAGCCUCGCGACAGCGUCAUUCAGCAUGCUGGUCAAGCAGUGGCUACGCGAGUAUCUCGCAUUCGAGUACACUUCCCCGCAGGAGCGCCUCCGUGCACGCCAGUACCGCAAGCCAGGACUAGAGAAAUGGAAGGUGUUCGAGAUUGCGGCUGUACUCCCCAUGCUACUUCAGCUGUCGCUCGGCCUGUUCUUCACUGGACUC